AUGCCUGCCCAGCCCUAUUCCAAUCUUCUUCCGAAAGAGCCUGGCUUUGCCCCAAACGCACCCAGUCAGGAUGUCGGCCCGGAGCAACGUGCCUCAGCAGCUCGGCGGAGAAAGUCGCAGGCAAGAACGCUUGGCCCUGGAGAGGAUAUCUUUCGUAACUACAGCUGGUCGCCCCCGCAGGAUACCGGCGAUGGGCCCGGUCCCAAGACACCUGGUAGAAGGCCGUACGAGUGGACCCCGCGCAAAUCGCGAGAGCUGAUCAAGUGGAUCAUUCACACUGACCUGAAGUUUGAUGACAUUGCUACCGCUAUGAAAGAUGAAAAUGGCCAAGGACCUUGGUAAGCAGCGUGAGUAGCACCAGACUCCACUCUGGCUGACAAGAAGAACAGUGAGUUCACUUGCCGCAACCAUUGGCAUGAUAUAUUCGGAUACCGGCCCGAUCUCGCUCGACUGAAGAACCGUGAAGGACGUGAGCAACGCUUUGACGAGCACGUGAAGAAAUUCGAAGCGUACAAGAAGAAUUCGAUCGAUGCGAAACCACCGUCUGAACUCACGGAUGAAGGGGGAGUCGACACGUCUCCGAGCAAUGAGUUUGAGCCCAGCGAGCCAGCGUCAAGACACUCGUCAGUCAGGAAUAACUCUUUCACGCCUACCGACGAGAGUCCAUACGGUGAAAGUUCAUGUUUGGACGAGCCAGGAUUCUUCCCAGCCAUGGACAUGUCGGGCUACGCAAGCUCGAGCAUGCAUCCCGGAUAUGGCGGCCUCGCCCCUGUGACUGAAGAAGACGGCAGUGAGAAUAUAGCUCCCGAUGACAAGGUCCAUAUGAAGUCCAACGAUGACAGUCGUGGAACAGCUCGAUCCAAAGCUCAGGAUCGCAAAGUCUCCAAGGCAGGCGAGAAGAGCGCUGCACGAAUCGAAGACAAAGAGGGUCUUCCAACCGGGUUCCUCACAGCUUUUAAGCGGCUGUCAUUCGCAAGCAGCUUUGCCAGCAGCCUCUACGCUGGGUCGCGAAGGUCAUCGAGAACGAGCUUCGCCAUUCCCACUGGCGACGCCGCUCCGCCUACUGGCCUCUUCUCGUAUGUGUCGCAAAAGGCGGUGCCCAAGAAUGCCAUUUGCAGCUAUCUCGAUAACUGCAGCGCUGUCACCCAAGUUCCGACAGACCAUAUCGAAGAACUCAUUGAACGCGGCGCCGACAUCAAUGCCGGCAAUCGGAAGGGGGAGACGCCGCUGCACCUCGCCGUCAAGCUUGGAAACAUUGUCGUCUUCUCGUAUCUUGUCAUGAAAGGUGCCGACGUAAACGCCAAGACUCGCGCUGGGGAGAGUAUCUGGAAGUACGGUGGCAAGGCCUCGAAAGCCAUCCUGCCUCCUGACAAGGUCUAUGAAAAUAAAGGCAGGCAGCUUCUAGAUACGAUGGUCUGCGCCCACAUCGAGUUCCUGCGAGCGACAGCAAGAUACAAUCCAGACCUCGUCACGGAUGAGUCUGGGGCCAAGGGCAAAAAGCGAAGAGCCUCUGACGAUAGCAUUGACAUUAAUAAGAUCGGACAGCGUUACAGGCGCUCGGGUGCUGUUGGCAUCCAGGAGAAACGAUCGCGUCUGCAGGAUAGUCUUGCAACAUCCUACGAAGAAGAUGAAGACUUCUUUUCGCGGCUGGAGCAAGUCAAGAAUGCUCUCGACACGCAGCAGGACGUGCAACCAGGCCUUGCUGGAGGGUUCCCCGCGUCAUGGAACAACGAUUCGGUCAAUUUCGAAGAUUUCUUCAACGGGGCUCAGCAACAAUCAGUCUCCAACGAGGAGGGCCUUGAUCCCAAUGUGGCAGGACAGAUACAGAACAUCGCCUACGACGACACGACGCUGAUGGGUCAAAACGGCCCGUACAAUGUCGACCUCCAUUACCAGUCUCAGGACUUCAACGGGCUUGACUGGUCCCAACAAUUGCCUGAGCAGACAGCAAUGAAUCCUACACAGACGCCCGUAAUCCCCAACGACUUCCACUGGGACGCUCCCAAGUCUGAACAUCACAACUCAUACUCUUCUGCUGAUCUCGCCGCCGCCCUACCCGACCCCGCUCCAAUCAACGCCGAGUACACAUCAACUACACGCGGAGCGGAUUUCACCUCCGCUUGGCCAAACACCAACCCAACACCGCACUACGACAUGUCGGCUCUCAACAGUUCGACGAACUUUCCACGACAACAAGCUGCUUCGCAGCAACCUCAGCUUUUCAACCAAACACCCGCUUCUUCAGACCUGUACCAACAGCUUCCACAGAGCACAACUACCCAGUAUCUACAACAACAACAACAACAACAACAACAACAACAACAACAACAACAACAGCAGCAACAGGACAUGCCCUAUGCCACGGUGCACGCAGCACAGCAGAGCCGACAGGAAGACGAAAUCGCCAAGGUGGAGAUGGAACUGCAAGCCGCGAAUGCGAGGAGUCGGAGCCUGAUGGAUAAGCUGAGUUUCUUGCGCGCGCGCGCUUCGCUACGGAGGAAUGGACCGCCUCAGCAGCAGCCGCCGCCGCCGCCGUAGAGUGGUGUGUCUUUGUUGAAUCCUCCCUCUUGGGCUUCAAGGUCUGGUGGUUGAGAGUGAGUGUCUCUGAUGAAUUGCUUCUGGGAGGGAGCGAGCGAGCGAGCGAUUGUGGUUUUUUUUUAUGUUUUCUUUGAACGUUUAAUGAGAGGAGAGAGAGAAACACAUUUUACCUAGAGGCCAGAGAGAGAGAGAGAGAGAGAGAGAGAGAGAGAGAGAGAGAGAGAGAGAGAGAGAGAGAGAGAGAGAGAGAGAGAGAGAGAGAGAGAGAGAGAGAGAGAGAGAGAGAGAGAGAGAGAGAGAGAGAGAGAGAGAGAGAGAGAGAGAAAGAGAGAGGAUUAGAGAUGAUUCAUAAUGUCAGAUAUACCUUAUGUAUAAGGGUGCUGCGAUGCGACGGAAAGAGUCUCUGUCCUCAUGCUAGCUAGCUAAGGUAGCGAGGAAAUAUUAUCUUAACGCAAUGGCAAUGUGUAGUAAAGAGAAGAGAAGAGGAGAAAAGGGAAAUUGUACAGACUUAUAGAGUACAGUACAAUACCUCUUGGCACUCGGAGUACCUAGACUGUGACGAGAGUCCACGGACGCUUAUAUUGGAAAUCUUGGAAUAGUAUGUGAAGGAGGGAACACAUUGAGCCAAUCGCGAGAUAAGGGGGAGCGCAAAACCGAGAGAAGACAGAGUCGGAUAGCUUUUAAAACUAGGUACCUUUCUUUAGGUACUCGACGACUAGCUAGAGGAAGAUACUACUACUCUAAGAUCGACCCGGGUUCGUAUAUCCGAUAUAGGCUACUACUAAGCUACUACCUUUCGUCUUCGUAGUAUAUCUUACAAACCUACUAAAUACUAGUAAAAAAAGUAAGAGAUCCGAGUCGGCGACAGAAGCUAAGUCUCCCCGCCUACGUAGUAUUAUCCUAAUUAUAAUAAAUUUAAUAGACGUCUUAGGACCUUCGGGACGACUCCUAAGUAAGUAGAAACUAUCGAGAACGUCGUAGCUAUUUACGACGACCUCCGUGUAUAUUGUAUACGGUCUAUCUAGACGGCGUACGGCGGCCUCUUUUUCGGUCUACUCUACUCUACUCUACUCUAAGGGCAAGUAGGAUACUACUACCUUAGAAGAGCUCGACCGAAUCUUUUGAGACGGUGCUGCCUAGUAAAGAGCAAGGAGUGAGAGAGACCGCUAGGGAUGCACGCCGGAGCGUUGGAGAGGCAUUCACACAUUGAUAAGAAUGAGAAUGGGAGAGCGACGCGGUACGGUACGUCCAGAGUCCACACGUCUACCCGUCGAAGUGGGAGAUAGCAGGGAGCCAUCGAGGACCAGCAGAAUCUCCCAAAAGAGCCUAGUCGAGCCCAUCCGGAUUCCGGAGCCGGGGAGAGAGUAGACCAAAAGUUCCAUCCACUCAGACGACAUUCCACAGUUCGGCUCCCCCAAUCCGAGCAGGAAACCAACGGUCAAAUUAUAUUCGACGCAUUGGUAAGGACGAAGACGUCACCAAAGCCACCUCUCCCGCAUCACAUCUACUAUCUACCCCGUACAGCUGCAGGAACCCUCCAGGGGAGAGAAGGAGAAGCCUUUUAGUAGACAACAACAUUAUUCCGGGGAAAGGACAGGGACACGAAGAAAAGCUCAUCCCAAUAGCAAACAACAAACAAGUUCGUUUCGUUCGAUUCGAUUCCACCGACCAUGUCCGCGAAAAGAAACAUCCUCGUGACAGGCGCCACGGGCAAGCAGGGCGGUGCCGUCAUCAACGCCCUCGCCAACCAUCCGGAUUUCGUCCUCCUCGCCGUGACGCGCAACGCGACGGGCGCCGGAGCGCGUGGCCUCGCGGCAAAGGCCUCGAACAUCUGCAUCGUCGAGGGCGAUCAGAACGACGUGCCCGCGCUGUUCCGUUCCGCCAAAGAGAAACACGGCGCGCUCUGGGGCGUCUACAGCGUGCAGAUCUCCCAAGGGCCGGGGGCGACGCACGAGGGCGAGAUCACACAGGGGAAAGCGAUGAUCGACGAGGCCUUGAAAGCCGGCGUGGAACAUUUCGUGUACAGCAGUGUGGAUCGCGGCGGGGAUGAAGUGAGCUGGGAGACGGAGACGCCGAUUCCGCAUUUCCAGAGCAAGUAUGAGAUUGAGCAUUACUUGAAGGGAAAAGCCGCGGGGAGCCAGAUGGGUUGGACGGUGGUCAGACCUGUGGCGUUCAUGGAUAAUCUGGCGCCCGGAUUCCCGAGCAAGGUGUUCAUGGCCGCAUUGAGGGACACGUUGGGAAGCAAGCCCAUGCAGUGGGUGGCGACCAGGGAUAUCGGAAUCUUCGUCAAGCUGGCGUUUGAGGAUCCGAGCGGCUACGACCAGAAGGCCAUUGGGCUGGCGGGUGAUGAGUUGACGACGGAGCAGGUCGCGCAAGCAUUCAAGAAGACUACCGGAUAUCCGCUGGAGGGAACGUACUGGCCAUUCGGGUACUUGCUGAAGACCAUGGUUACGGAGCUGAGACUGAUGAUCAACUGGUUCGGUAGCGAUGGAUAUGGUGCGGAUAUUGCCAAGUUGAAGAAGACGCACCCAGGUCUGAUGAACAUGGAGACGUGGAUCGCGAAGGAGAGCUCGUUCCCCAAGCCGUAAUCGGACGGGCGCAUGUUCCGUGAGUGAUUGUUCUUCGCUUCAGUCCGUCUCGUGGAGUGGGAUUACACUGUAGACUAGACGUUUGGAAUUCUCUUGUACCACUUGCAGCGUGCUCCGGUGGGUGCACCAGACGUUGCACCAACUCUGCUGAGAGAAGGGUUCGUCUCAUCAGGCUCUCGUUUCUCGACUUGUCCGCAACCAACAACAUCCGCCUGAUCGCAGCAUAAAGGCCGCGUCGUGUCGCAAGCCAAUCCAGAGCAGCUUAUACACCUCCUCAGCCCCGAUCUCUUCCCACCCUCCCCUCCUCCGUCUCCUUCCUCUCCUCAUUCCUCAGAACCAUCACGCUCCCGGCAAAAGCCACCCCGACACACGUAGCAGCCAUCAGACUCACGCCUACAACAUUGGGUCGAAAGACACCGCGUUGCAACUGCUUCAUCGUGGCGAAGUACCUCUGCGUGCCGUGCGCGACGCAGAGGCUACCGCUCGCGACCAGGACACCGGCCGCGACUUUGGUCCGGCUGUCGGUGAGGUGGAGGAAGGUCGGGGAGAUGAGGGCGAGCGCUUCGACCUUCUCGAGGGCCACGCCGAGGGCGAUGAAGCCCAGGCCGGUGCGCGCCCAGGCGAGAAAGGUGCGUUCGGAGGCGAGGAGGUCGCGCGCGAGCGAGCCGGUGUUUGGGAGUUCGGGGGAGGAGAAGAGGCGGCGGAACAUGGUGCGGAGAGAUAGCCUCAGCUGUCCCGUCGUGGGCGUGCGAUCGAUCUUGGCAGAUGGAUGGUCAUGAAAGAGACUCCCGUUCCUGGUGAGAGUGAGGAUGCUCUCCCCGCACUCACGAUGGGAUGGACAGGCAUACGCGUGCCUGAUACGAUACCGAACUUAUCAUGCUCACGCAGCAAAGCAAAGCAAAGCAGCCGGUGGACGCAGACAUUGCACAUUGCGUUUCACCAUCUGCUGGUCUCCGCGAUGCUUUCCGACCAGAAAGCUGCAUCCUUGUCUUGGUGCAGACGGCUACCUUGGUUGAGACGUCCUCUCCGCAUGCGACCAUGACAGCAAUGUGAAGCUAAUCUGCAUCAGCCAUAAUAGUUAGUCUCGUCCCAGCCCCCAGUUUCCACCCCCGAAGCCGAGCUGCAACAAUCCGGGACGUGAAGUCGAGCUGUGUGUGGCUGGCUAUGCGUAUAUGGGUAUGGGUAUGUAGGAGAGUGGGCGUUCAUGCACGUACUACCGAAACACUGCGUCUGCGCGUCUUGUUGUGAGACAGUGCGCGCGCGCUCUCCCAACAGCGUUGCGGUGUUCCCUCCCAGGACCACAUGGGACAUGCUUGCCCUUCACGCAGAAUGGAGCGUAAUGGAGCGUGUCAUGGGUGACGCAUUGGGCCUGAAUCUGACAUGUCUCGUCACAGAUCUCGUCGGUUUCGAAUCAUAUGUACAGGGAAGUGUGUGUGUGUCGUACUUCUGCGUCGAAGGCUGGUCUUGAUGCUGAUGAGAGAGAGGCAGGUUUCUGCGGGGCUGUGCGCUCAGAACUACUACGGGCCAGCCUCCUCGACGGUACAUAGCUUGAAACGUUUUCCUGUUCGGAGCGGAGUGUGAGGACAUGGUCAUGGCCGCGCGAUGGCGUAUAUACGAUAGCCGUCCACGUGUUGGAGCCAGGCCAAUCCUUGCCAAGGGCGGUGUGCCACUGCCACUGUCCAGCCAGCCUCCCGCCCAGCGACAUCAUAGAGUUGGACGACGGCUCAUCAGUCCUGCGUCGUCGUCAUUCAUCACUGCCAAUACGAAUAGAGCAUGUCUACCGCGCUUUGGCCAGCUGUGAGAGUCUCUUUCGCGCUACUAUAAGCACGAGUAGCUAGCCUGUUGCUAGCCUUUUUGCGUUAAGUAUGUGUCUAUAGCGUAACGCUUGAUUCGAGCUUAGUGAGCAGUGCUUGGCGGCAGAAAGACGCGUCUUCUAGUCGCGUGUAGUAUAGCUCGUGUUAUAGCUCGUAUUAUAGCUCGUAUUAUAGCUCGUAUAACUACUCCUUUACUAGUCGCUAUAGAUAUACUAGAUAUAGCUUAAAUCGUACUAAUACUCGAAUAGCGUAACCUUAUAGUUUAAGAGGCCUAGUAGUAGAUUAGAUAUAUACUAGAGUAAGCGUCGUAUACCUACUCUUACUUCUAAUAGGGCCUAGAAGGUAUAGAUCUAAUUAACUACCGUAAAGAGAUACGCUUCUAUCUAGUAUAGCUAGAUCGAUUAGUACCGCUAUUACUAAGUAAGGAGCCAAUCUAGAUUAAGUCGUUAAUAGGCUACUAUUACGUCGCGACACUACUAUAGGCUCUAUUCUUAGUCUAUAAACGAUUAGCCUAUCUAGCUUAUUACUACGACUUUCGUAUCGUCCGUAGCUAUAACUAGAUAUCUCGUAUCUUUAAUAGUACGUACUAAAGGCUAUACUAAGACUAGAGCUACCUUAUUUACUAGUAGCUAGCGCUAAGUAAUCGAGCUACCUUAGCAAGAUACGCCUUUAAGUUAUAAUAAGCUAGCUAUAGAUAAGGGCGUAUAUAGGGGUUUAUUAAUAGUACGUUCCUUAAGUUUAUAAGGCUAGUAGAUAAUAGAUUUUAGAUAGCUACUUACUCUAGCUAUUACGGAGUAAACGGCUAGAAAAUCUAGUAUAUUACUAUACCUAAUAGGCUAGUAGUAUCUUCGUCUAUACCGGAUCUAGGGCUAGUAAACGAUAGUACUAUAUAUAACGAAUCCGGUAUAGUAGAGCGUAUAUAGGACAUAGAGGAAGCUAAUCUAGACUAACCGGUUCUCUUCUUAUUCGGCGAUAGUAUCUAUUAAUCGAAGUUUAGUAUAAUUAAUCCGUUCCGCUACUACGUAGGCCGGUAAUUCCUUUUUAACGAGAUAUAGCGUACGAAUUACUAGCUUAUCGAGAUAGCGUUUAGUAACAACUUUAACUAGUUUACGUACGUCUACUUUAGUAAGGUAGUAAGGGCGAUAGUAUAGCCGGUUAGUAUCUACUUCUUAGUAUUAAUAUUACUUUAGAACUAUCUAACGUAUAUACGUAGUAAGGAGGGCAAAUAGGGGACUAUAAACGGUAUGUUUAGUUACCUACUACCGACUCUAGACGAUUACCUCGCUAGCGUAGCCUACGCUAACUAACGUUACGGCGACCUUCCGGAUCGAUUAGUAGGCCUUCUUAGUAAUAAGAAGAAGCUCUAGCGUAAGUUUAGUAAUAGUAUCGAUAGUAUAGUACUAUUUAUAGGUACCGGAGGGUUAGUAGAUUCGUAAAGCCGUACGUAGCUUUACGAAGGGCUAUAGUCGUAAUAGUAAUUACGUUACUAUUUUAAGGCCUAUUCGUUAGACGAGAGAUAGUAGUAGGUGUUCUAAGGGUUUUAAAGAGUCGUAGGUACUAUCGGACGGAACUUUCCGGCUAUUUUUAGUAAGCUAUACUAUAAAUUUAUAUAAAGGUAUUAUUACCUCGAAGUACCGCCUACUCUACUACCGCCUACUUCUAUCUCUUCGUCUACGGACAGUAAAAGUAAUAACGUAUAGACUCUAAAUCGACCUUAGCUUAUUAAUCGUACUACUAAUUUCGUACUAUACUAGCGAAUAAACUACUACUAUAUUAACUAAUCCGUACUAGGCGUUACCGGAGGCCUUCUACUACUACUACUACUAUAUCUAGUAUCUUAAAUAGCCGCUAGAAGCCUAUCGAAGCCGCUAUCUACCUUUAAUUCGAGCGUAAUAUAGCGACUACUUAGUCUAUUAAGAUCCGCUUAUAAGGCGUUUACUACGCCGUCGGUACUACUACUACUACUACGAAUCCGCACCUAUAGCUCUUUACGCUAGAGCUCUAUUUCCUCUCGGUAUUAACGCCUCUUUUUAGCUAUCUUUACCUAGUAAAUAGAGGCCUACUACUCUUAAAGAGCCUUAAGUUAGCCGUCCGUACGAGUACUAAGUCUAUCCUUAGCUUUAAGAGCCUAUUUACCCUUUAUACUAACGUAGCCUACGUAACUAAGUAGAUUGUUAGCUAGUUUACUAUUAGUACUAGUAAUUAAACCCUUCCGGAACCUGUCUUAGGCCGUUUAGUACUACUAGAUCGACUCGUAGCCCUUACUAUUUAGCUUUCGCUCUAUCUUAACUACCUUAAGCUUAUUAAUUCGUACCGGAAUCUAUCUAACUAACGGCGGUUUACGCGUACUAUACGAGCUACUAAAUAUAGUACGAUAUAGGUACGUUAUAUAUAUAGCCCUAUACUUACUAAGCUCCUUCUAUAUCUUACCGAGCUAUAUAGUAAUUAACACGCUAUUAUUUAAAGGGUAUAUGUUCUUAUUAAGGUAGAUAACUACUACUUCCUACGUUUUCUCCGUCUACUAAUAAGGUAUCUUCUUCUAGUACUAUUUACCGUUCUUAUUACGGCCUAGGACAUCUUAAUAUAUGUCUAUAUCGUUUACUAUAUUAUUUACGUACUACUAAUUACUAUUAGGUAUAUCCUCCUCCUAUAGGCCCUAUACUACCUCUUAUAUUAUAGUUACGCUCGGAUUCGGAUCGAAAGUAGGUAUACUAGCUUAUAAAGAAGAAGUAGUAUCUAGUUACUAAGUAGAAGAGCUAGAUAUAGUAUUAACUAGUAUUACUAUACCUAUCGCUAGUCUAGAGUUCUCUCGGAUAACGUUAAAAUUAGUAGGUUUAGUAGUAUUUUAGCUACUAUCUACUAUAUUAGAAGAGCUUACUAUACCCUAUAUCGGUCCUUCGUAGCCCUACGGUACCUUAUUAACCUCCUCUUAGCGUACGUACAAUAGAUUUAGUAGUAUAGUAUUAGCCUACCGUACCGCCUACGCUAGCUCUUAGUUCCGCUACUCUUACUUACUAUAGUAGUAUAUAUAUAUAGGCUAAGAGCUAGUAGUAUUAAUAACCGAGUAAGAGCUCGGAGCUAGCUAUUACUAGAUAGGUAGUAGUAGUAUUAGUAAACUACUCGGAGGGCCUACGAAUAGCGUAUUACUCUAGCCCUACGAUUAUAGCGUAGGUAGUUACUAUAGAUUAGAUAAUAAUAUAAUCGGUAGUAUAGUACCUAUAUAGAUACCGUUUACGCUACGGUCGAAGUACGUUAGUACGCGCUAUAGUAUCGCUACUUAAUAGGCUAGCGGCGAAGAGGCUAAUUCGAAAGGGCUACUCGUCGGAUAGGUACUACUAUAUAGCUCUUAAUAACUAAACUACUAGUAGCCGACGUUUUAAUAGCUAAUAUACUACUAUCUAAUAUACUAAGAGCUAAUCUACUACGAGUAAUAUAGUAGAUUUUAAGACUACUACUACUAUAAAGAAGGUAGUAGCUCUUAACUACUAGGCGGCUAAGAACUAGCUACUACGAACUUAGCUAAAGUAGACUAUAGAUCUAUUACUAGAUUCUAUAGUAUAUAUAUAAUUUACCUAUCUAAAGUAGUACUAAUAAUAGUAUAUAGAUCUAUCGACGACGCGUCUAGAGUAGUAGUACGCGUGCCUUAACGAUAAAGACAACGCUAGGCUACUUACUUACUCUCCUUUAGCGAUAGCUUAAACACUAUAUCGCUAAUCUUACUAUAUUAAAGCGCUAAAGGUCGCUACUACCUAGUAGUAGCGUGUUGUACUACUCGAGCUAACGCUAACCGGAUUGGUAGGCGGUAGACAGGCAGAGUUUGAUUAGCUAAAAGUCAUUCACUUAGCUUAUAAGUACGGACAAAACGAGCUAACGAACCGGUAGGCACCCUUUAAGCUCUUACACCUGGCCAAAGCGCGGUAGACAUGCUCUAAUGCACCCCUCACAAGACAUCGCCCUCUGGCAGUGUCCGCGAAUGAAUGGCUGUGUUGGGGUCCAGCAUUAUAGUAGGAAGCAAACAGCUCAGCUCGUCGUCCAACCAACAGCUGCAGGAUCGGAGAGGCCAAGCGUACCCGGACGGCGAGAGAGAAAGCCUGUUGCAUGCGCUCGGAUGGCGCAGCGCCCCAUAUGCACAUCGACAUUGGCCUUUCCCGGCUUGUUGUCUGGGUGCUCUGCCUUCCGAGAAUUCGUGCAAGCCACUUCCAAUAGCCAUUGCCACGCUCGCGUGACGACAAUGUUAUCGUCGCUGUUCGGCGUCGUCGGCCUCGGGGCGGAGCCAGUCUGGGCCGCUUGUCCUGCUUGGUCACCGUUGGACUGGCCUUGCCACCAGACGGAGAAGGCGUCCACACAGGCAUCAAGCUCCAAACCUGCAGAUCUGAUCCAAUCCCUCUGGAAAUCUUGCUUUGCGCGUCACCCUCCACCUGUGCCCUUCCCGUCCCACGCUUCCCCCAGAGCCAGAUCUAUCUUGUACCCGCCCCCGGUCCUACAGAGCCGCAAUUCUCUCUCCCGUCCAUCGCAUCAGAAGCCGACAAUUCGAAACUACACUACCCGGUCAUGGUCUUUGCAACUACCUGUGCCUAGCCUAGCACCGUCGGAGUAUUGGGGGCCCCCUUGCAUGAACCAUUCUGCUGUACUUACUACUUAUCGUCAGUAUGAAGUCCGGCGGCAGCCGCCACCAGCAACACAACACCCUCUAAAAGAGAAUCCCCGUAUCCCGAUCCUGCGUGCUGGUACCGACCUCGUGGGAAAGGAACGGCUCUAAAGGAUCGUCUUGCAGCUUCGACCAAGAUACCUCAAGAGAAGAGAUCUCGUCGACGCACUGCUUUGCUGAUUGUACGAUAAUGACGGCGCCGCUUCAUCCACAACAUUCAUCACGACAGCGCGCCUUCACCCUCGAAAGUCUUCCGACCUUCUCAUCGCGCGGUGCCUUGCAGAGAGUAAAGCGCUUCGACGGCUUGCAUCGCACAAGCAGAGGCUGGGAUGGCCUGCGAAAGGUAAACAAUCCCUCCCCGACCGGAUAUCCUCUCCGAUUGACUGACCUUGUCAUAUCCUUCACAGGACGAAGAGCUCUGGAACAGCUCCGGAACCUGCUACGUCCACCUCUACAACGCAGGAACGUCGCGGCGAGGCUGCAGUUUCAAAAUCCCGUUCGCCGCCCUGGACCGGACGCAUAACCUCGAGGCAUGCCUGCACAGACCCAUGACAGCUCCCGGCCCAACGCUUGCAGACUCCUCUGCCUCAUCUGACGAGGGCUCCGACAGCGGCUACGGCUCCGCUUCACACGAGCUUCGAGACGGUCGACCGUGCGACAUCUUCAUCCCAUCGCCGGCCGGUUGCUCGCGCAACGAAGCUUACCUCUACCACCUCACCACGCGAAACUACUUCGCCUACCUCCUCCACAAGCCUCUCGUCGGCCAGAAUCUUGGCAAAGCUCUCUCUGACCUUGCUAGCAGAAUAGAGCUGUGGCAUGGCUCCGAGGGAGUCUCCUCGACGGAUUUCCUAGACUAUUGUCAAGAGCAAGGCUAUCUCAACUUCGGCGAGAAUCCAGACUAUGCUGCAGCAUCCCUCUACCUGGCCGAGCGGGCGCGGAUAAAGGACAUCUGGUCCGACGCAUUCGCGCAUUGUGUGGGCAUGAAAGACCAUCUGGAUAACUGUCCAGAAGUACAGCCAUUGAGCAAGAUGACAAGGACGUUGAUCGACCGUGCCGCACAGGAGAUGGAGUCGCAUAUCGCCAGUGUAACCAAGGCGCUGGGAGAGUUCCUCGAAGAAGACCUGGGCCCCGAAUAUCUGGGUCUGUCGAAGCCGUUGAGAGACCAUCUGGAUCGCUUCAGGAGCACAUUGCACACUUUCUAUGUCCAUGAAGUCGGAUACUUCCCUCCGGAUCCGAACCUUCUCUGGGAGAAGAGGCUGUGGUGCGGCAUGUACGAUGAUUUCCAAAGUCUGUACAGCUACUUGGCCGAUACCAGAUCGUCGACGGAUAUCGCCAGUAUUAGAGGGCUGAACGGAGGCAUCUGCGCCGUGCAGAACGUUCAAGCCUUCGACGAGCGCCACGGAUUCGACUCGCUGCCGCACCCAAUGCCUUUGCUACCCGAUCCAGCCAUGGUUGGCGAUUCCAUCGACAUGCAGCGUGGCUUCCGCAACUUGCGAAGGCGCACACUGGUGUCGUCGAAUUUAGACAUGGCCGCCAAGCAGGCCCUAACCCAGGCAUCCAACAGCCGCAACCCUGAGAUCACCGGAAAUAGGCUCGUGCGGGAGUACAUGCGCUUCGAGCGCCUCAAACUGGAAGAACGCGUGUCGGUCAUUGAAGCGCGGAAGGUCAGGUGGAUUCUGAUCUGUGGGGUGCUGCAGAUGCUCAUCAGCAUUACGCGGGCUCCAGCAGGAGUACAAGACAUCGAGUCGCCUUCUUAUCCUCUGUGCAUUCCGACCAUUCCCAAUCCACCCUGGACAAUGGCUGCGAACACGAAUACCAUGCCCGAGCGGGGUCAGCUUGACGUUGAACUUUCUGCGGAGAUGGAUGCUGUCCGGAGAACUCUCGAAGAAGACCGCAUUUCUAUCCACCCCGAUUGCGAGGCUGACUGCGCCGACGAAUACUUUGCGAGGGAUCGCCUCACGCGCUCUGCAUCGGAUGAUAUGAGCUUGAACAUGAUGUCUUCUCCGCUCCGCCGCAGCGGCACCCAACUGUCGCGCACCGCAUCGAUCCGCUCGAGCGUUCGGUCGGCCGUUGGGAGUCUCUCGCGCCGGAACAGUGUCAGACGCAGCAGCUUGGUGUAUCUGCCCAAGAAGAGACCUUCGUUUUGUGAAAUCAUGGUGGAAGGUUAUGGCAACGGACUGGAAUGCGACGAAGCUGGCCAAGGUCCUAUCAACGAGGAGGCCAGCCCAGAUGAAGAGACUCUUCACGCGCCGGAAGAAUUGGAUGAUGACUGGCAACAGGCGGACAAUGUUCCUACUCUUGAACUCCAUCAACUGAACACAGGCUGCAACCACAUCGUGAAGGAAGAAGAGGAGCUGGACAGUCCAUCCACGACCCGCUUCUCCGAUUUCUCCGGCAGGUGGAGCGAAUCGAGCAAGUCUUCGUACGCCGACGAGUGCGAUUCUCCAU